AUGGCCAAGCGAGUCGAGUCCCCGGCGCCACUGCGCCGACUUGCACCGAUCGAACUCUAUUCAUCUUGCCGUCACCAUAUGGGCAUUUACCGCAGCGUAACAGUAACUUGCCGUUAUAAUGCACCAUCACCUUCGCAGAAAAUCAACGCAGCUUUCCUAUAUCCCGCCCUGGGACGAGUCGUUUCUGCGCAGCCAAUGCUUCGAGUUGGCAUCUUGAAAGAGGAAACCAACGAAGCCACCUUUUGUCACAUCAAGACUGUGGACUUAUCAAAUCAUGUCUCCUUCAAGACCGUAGACCCAGUUGACACCCUGGAGCAAUACAACGAGCAGAUUGCCUCCCAACAAGGGUGGCAUCACGACCAGUUGUGGCAUAACACAGCGGAGAUUCCUCCCUGGCGCAUAGCCAUCGUAGAGCCAAGUGCAGCUGUUGUCGAGAAGUUUCCUCUUAUUCAGGACAUCAUUUUCUCAUACCACCACGCCCUUCUGGACGGCACGAGCGGCAAGCUAUUCCACCAGAACCUUUUGAAGGAAAUCAACUACCAACUCCACAAAGAAGUGAGAGCAAAUGGAACCACAUCACCAACUUCCAUCAUGCAAUUUCCAGACGCCCCUAGACUCCCCGAAGCCCAAGACCAAAUCAUCCAGUUCACAAAUUCGGCAACCUACCUCAUCAAAACUCUCUGGAACGAACUCGGUCCCACCAAGCUCCGGGCCAAGAAGAUCAUCCCCUGGCACGGCAAAUCCAUCGACUUUGCCAUCCCCUACGUCACCCGCACCAAACCCGUUGACUUCCAACCCGACGUGGUAGCAAAGCUUCUCAAGUCCUGUAGAGAGCACAACACCACCAUCACGGGUCUCUUCCACGCCCUCACCGUGGCAUCCUUCGCAUCCCGACUCCCCGCGAGUGAAGCGUCCUCCUUUUCGGCCGCAACGCCAAUCAGUCUCCGGCCAUUCUUGGGACCAAACGCAGAUCCAGAGUUGAAAGAUGCGCUACGUGUUCUAGUAACUUCGUAUCAGCACGAAUUCCCCGCCGACUUGGUCACCAGCCUCCGUGGCUCUCCAACGGCCGCAUCUCUAGACACCAACAUUUGGAAGAUUGCGCAGAGGGUGAAGACAGAACUCAUCAAAAGGGUAGACACUAUGCCUAGAGACGACAUCAACGGUCUCAUGAAGUACAACUCUGAUUGGUUCGGCUUCUUCCAAAAGAUGGACGGGAAACCGCGCAAGGACUCCUGGGAAAUCAGCAACAUUGGCGUCUUCAAAGAUACUUCAGCAACGCCGGGAUUCACAGUGUCAAGGGUGUAUUUCACCAACGGGGCCAUGGUUACCGGUGCACCGGUUGCAUUGGGCGUGGGCAGCGUGCCAGGUGGUAUGCUGACUAUCGCGUUUUCAUGGCAAGAAGGCGUGGUGAGUGAGGAGUUCGUGAAUAAUCUGGCGGCGGAUAUCACUUCCCUUGUUACAAGGUUCCAUGAGAAGGGGUUAUUUGGAGUGUGA